UGUUUGAUAAAUACACAAGCGCACGCCGACUGGAGGCAGUCGCGACGGCGGUCACCUCGGUACCAAAAUGAGGACGCUAGCGAUCACGUUAUGGUUGGUGCUCGCACUUGCAGCGUCUCUAGCCGUUCCUGUCAAGGACGUUGCGAACGACUCUGAGGCAGCCAGGGCGAAACGCUCACCCAGUGGAUGGCAUUCGGAGCCAGACGGAGUUUGGAAGAAGAAACUCGUCUGGAAGGAAGACUGGAAGCAAAUUUGGAAAACUGAAAAGAAACUUAUUUGGAAGACAGAAUGGAAGAAGGAGAAGGUUCCUGCUUGGAAAACGGAACAAAUCCAACAGUGGAAAGAAGAACAAGUCCCCGAUUGGAAGGUAGUGCAAAAGCCGAUUUGGAAAGAAGUUCAAGUGCCCAUAUGGAAGGAAGUUGAGGUACCAGAUUGGAAAAAGGUGUGGAAACCGGUGUGGAAGGAAAUACAAGUGCCAAUUACUAAAGAUGUUCAAGUACCCGAAUGGAAACAGUCCUAUGUUCCGGAAUGGGUCAAAGAAGGUAUUCCUGGUGAGAAAUUCUUAGGUAAAGAUAACCAUGGUUGGGAAUAUACAAGCCACGACUUGUGGAGAAAGAAAAUGAUCUGGAAGCCUAUAUGGAAAAAAGUUUGGAAAACUGUGCAGAAGCAAGAAUGGGUAACUGAGAAAAAGUUAGAAUGGAAAGAAGAAUGGAAGCAGAUUUGGAGAACUGAAAAGAAACAAGCUUGGGUAACAGAGAAAAAACAAGACUGGGUUGAAGAGAAAGUACAAGUAUGGAAGACAAUUAAAAAAGAAAUCUGGGUACCAGUACAAAAGAAAAUCUGGGUAGAGAAGUGGAAGCAAAUCCAAGUACCUGUGUGGAAAACAAUAGAAGUGCCAGCAUGGAAGAAGGUUUGGAAGCCUGUAUGGGAGAAAGUUUGGGUGCCAGUACAUCACGAACAUCACGAACAUCACGGAUGGGAUUAAUAGCCAUUAGGAGCCAUAACGACAUCCUGUAAAUAUAGAAAUAUUUUUUUACAACUUAGUCAUUUUGAUAAAUAAGUAAUUGUAACCACAAGACUCCAAACAUUUUACUUUUGUAAAUAUAUGUAUACGAAAUAAGAGCAUUAGUGCUGUUAUGAAAACAUAUCACCAUAAUCAGUGGCGUACGUGAAAAAAAAUCUUUAUUCGGCUUAAAGAAAUUGUGAAUGUUUAAUUUUUUCAUAAAAUUUAUUUGGUUCCGUGUACGCUUUGGAACUGAAAGUGGUUGGCAGAGUUACCACUGUA